GCUUCAUAUGUAUUACCACAAUCCUCAAGUGGUAGCGAGCAAAAAAGUCCCAAUAAGAAAGAAAACAAAGAAAGAAGACGAAGACUAAUAAAAGAUAAAAGAAAAGAAUACGAGAAACAGAGUCGGAGAGAAUGAUACUCGUAUUCUUGUAGACCACGAACAAGAACAGCCGAAAUUUGAACGAUGGUGCGAUUGUUUAUGCUUGUAAUUUUCAAUUAAUUUAAUUUCGAUUUUAUUUAUCGCGAAAUUUUCUUAUUAAAAUAUUCGAAAGCGAUUUCAUUAGGUAGUUCUUUAUUUCGGUAAAUGUGUUUCGCGUAAACUUUUAUACUUCAUAGUUCCGGCGGUUUUGUUAGUGUGUGUUUUAUUCGGUGUUUUUUUUUUAUUAUUAUACUUAAUAAUUUUUUUCUUUUAUUUUUUAUCCAAUUUUGUAAUAUUUAUUCCGAGUUUUAUAAUUUAUUUAUAAUUUGUGUGAAUGUGUUAACGGUGUACAAAGUGCAUAGUGUUGUUCCUGAAAUAAUUCUAACGUCGAUUUCCAGUGAAACGAAAAUGCUGCUGGAAUGGAUAACUGCAUUCAAAGGUCGUGCCACGAGGUCGCCACGUUGCCGGACCAUGUAUUCAUGAGACACAGAUGCACAAAUGUGUCUGAGAAAAAAGAAAAAAUAUUUUGCUGUUAUUUCGGAAUUGAUAAAAUGAAAUUCAAGGAACGACGGUGAUGACCUCCUGAAACCUGGAUCGGAGGAAUAUUUGCGGGUCACACCAUAGAAUGGGCGUACGUUUGGCGGCCACAUUACUGGUGGUACUAUUGUUGCUUCGGAGGGUAGUACGCGGCGGCAGCGGUGUCGGUGGACUUCUCGGCAGCAACGACGGUCCGGUCGCCGCCGUCUUUCCAACAUUUCCCAGCCAAGGAGGUAACUGUUCGGUGCACAACUUGAAGGAGUUCAAUCAUCUGCAACUGGAUCGACGUACAGGUCGCAUUUACGUCGGAGGCGUUAAUCGAAUCAUCCAGCUGGACUCGUCGUUGAACCUAGAAGCAUGCGUGAUCACCGGGCCCAAACGUGACAGUCCCCAGUGUCACGCUAGCGGCUGCAAUUCGCCCGAAAUCGAGACCUCGUUGAUGGAUAACACCAAUAAAAUCCUGCUGCUGUAUACCGAGCUGGAUAACUUGAUUGCUUGCGGAUCGCUGUUCCAGGGCGCUUGCGAAAAAUACCAACUCAGCAAUAUCUCGGCUCCGGCCAAAUUCGUGCCGAUCAGCAUCGCCGCCAAUGAUGACCACUCGUCCACCUACGCUUUCAUAGGACCCGAACAGUACAACCAGUGGAAGCAGUCGAACGUCUUGUACGUCGGUACCACCUUCACCAAUAACGGAGAUUACCGAGAAGACGUACCGGCCAUUUCUAGUCGUAAUCUGGAUACGUUGGAUUUCGCUCUUAUCUCCUUCUCUCAACAGUCUCUGCUCAAGAUCGACGUCAAAUACAGAGAUCAUUUUUUAGUCAAAUACGUAUACGGGUUCAAUUCGAGCGAUUUCGCGUACUUCGUCAUUGUCCAGAAACAAUCUCAUUUGCCAGGUCAGGAAGAACUAGGAUAUGUGACCAGGUUAGCCAGGGUAUGCAUCAAUGACGCCAAUUACGACAGCUAUACCGAAGUUACUCUGCAAUGUCUGGUCAAAGAAUCCGGCGAAAAGGAAAAGGUUACCAAUUACAAUCUAGUGCAAGAUGUGAAAAUCGCUCAAGCUGGCGAAGAACUGGCCAACAGUUUGGGCAUUAAACCGGGUGAUACGAUAUUGGCAGCGAGCUUCUCACCUAGCAAAGGCAUACUGAACGAGCCUCAAGCUCAAUCGGCCCUCUGUAUUUAUAGUAUGCGCGAAAUCGAAGCAAAGUUCAACGAAAAUAUACACAUGUGCUUCAACGGAAGCAUCAAGUCGAGAAACAUGCAGUACAUUUCUGGAUUAAUACUGAAUGGAGAAUGUCCUAGUGCAGGGACAACGGGCAACAUUUAUAAUUUUUGUGAAGCUGGGCUGAGGAUAUCCGGCGUUGUUCCUAUAUCAACCGAAGCUGCCAUAUAUUUUACUAAUAAAUUAGUUACUUCUGUUACCAUUACUACUACGGAGAAAAGCACGGUUAGUUUUUUAGGCACAUCGGAUGGGAUAUUGAAAAAGAUUUUACUGGUAUCGUUUCUGGAAGGUAUCGAAUACGAAGAAGUUACACUGGAUAGUGGUAGCGCUGUGUUACCGGAUACCACAUUCUCGCCCAUUGGAGGAUAUGUUUAUGUUCUUACCACGUCCAAGGUCUUAAAAGUCAGCAUGGAACAUUGUAUAAGCUAUUCGAAUUGUUCAUCGUGCCUAGAAGCCAGAGAUCCGUACUGUGGAUGGUGUUCGUUGGAAAAAAGGUGCACGGUACGUGGAGCGUGUCAACAAGCUAGUCAAAGUUUACCACGAUGGUUGUCUUUUGGCGCCGGUCAACAAUGUAUAGAUUUCGAGCAAGUGUUACCAGAUCGUAUACCGAUUAAUGAAAAGACAGCGGUCCAAUUAACCAUCCGUACUCUACCCGAAUUACCCACCGGAGCAAAAUAUCGCUGCGUGUUCGGCGGAGCUGAUCCGAUCGACGCGAUCGUCACAUCUUACGGACUAACGUGCAAUACUCCUCCGGUAUCAAAUCGACCAAAAAUCGCCGAAGGACACGAUCACGUUUUGGUGCCAUUAUCAGUCCGAUCGUCCGAGACUAACAAGGAUUUUGUGAGCAGAAACUUCGCCUACUUCGAUUGCUCAGCCCAUCGGACGUGUUUCGAUUGCGUGAAAUCAAAUUGGGCGUGUAAUUGGUGCGUUUACGAGAAUAAAUGCUCUCAUAAUAUAUCCUCGUGUCAAGAAUACGUCAUCAGCGGUGAAAAAAAUCCGAAUCGUUUAUUGCUGCAUGGAAGAAACGCUUGCCCGAGGUUUAGACGACCAUCCGAGCCGAUCCUGUUACCAAAUGGAGUCUCGAAAUCCAUCGUACUCGAGGUGGAAAACAUGCCUCAGCCUUUACCAGCUCAUACCGGCUUCAAAUGUAUCGUCAACUUGGACGACGCCAAAAUGAUGAUUCCGGCAAAAGUCGAAGAUGGCAAAUUGAUCGUUUGUGAGAAGACUUUGUAUUCGUAUCGAGCCAAUAAGGGCGAAUUCGAAGCAUCCCUCACCAUAAUUUGGAACCAUAAUCAUCACGUGGAUACGAUAAACGUCACUUUGUACAAAUGCGAGAUUCUUGGAUCGCACAGAGAACACGCCGAUUGCUCAUUAUGCAUAACGAGGAACGCCAAGUAUCAAUGUAACUGGUGUAAUAACGCUUGCACUUACAAUGAAUUAUGUACUUCUACUACCGGAUGUCCAAAACCACGUAUUGAUAUGAUUAAACCAUUGAGUGGUCCAGUCGAAGGAGGUACAUUGAUUACCAUCGAAGGAAGUAAUUUGGGAUUAAAGGAGGAUGACGUCAGAAACAAAAUCGUCAUUGGCCAAUCACCUUGCGCCUUGGUCGAAUACCAGGUUUCGGUCAGGAUUGUUUGCAGAACAGGUCCAUCACCUGUCAAACACACUGCUCCUAUUGUGAUCGGAAAUUCUGCAGGGUUCACGGAGUCUUCGGUGUAUUUUAGUUACGAAAAUGUGAUAUUGAGCGCAGUUACUCCAUCAGUCGGACCAUUGAGCGGCGGCACACAACUGGCCAUCACUGGCAACCAUCUGAACAUCGGUAGCCAUACAACUGCUUUCUUGGACGAGUUACCAUGUUACAUAAAUUCAACCCAAGCUACCAGUACUCGAAUCACAUGCAUAACUUCAAAGGUGAUAUCUCCUCGAACCAUUCGUACAUUGACGAUACGCAUUGACGGGGCAAAUCGUACCUUAAUGGGAAACCCAUUCAAGUACAAGAUGGAUCCAACAAUAGCCGAAAUCAAACCACUUAUCAGUUUCGUGUCCGGUGGUCGAAUGCUAACUGUACACGGAACGAAUUUCGAUACGAUACAGAAACCGGAAAUGGUCGUUUAUAUGAACACCGAUUUUCAUUUCCCGAUUAAUAAGACUGAUUGCUUGGUAUUGAGUUCCACUCAAAUGGAAUGCCCUUCACCGUCGGUCAAUUACGACUUCGUGAAAGCUGCGAUGCAGGCACAUUCCAGGCGAAGAAAACGCAAGAGAUCGAUUCAAACCAGUACCGAAGAUUUUCAACAUUUAGUUUUGAAAAUCGGAUUCAACAUGGACAACGUGGAAUCCGUCCGAGAUUUGGAGAAGCAUAAUAAAGAGCUGCAAUCUCAAAUCACUUACGUCGAAGACCCAAAAUUCUUUAGAUUCCCUAAUGAAAUCAAAUUGUACAAAGGAGAUACUCUUGUAAUCGAGGGUGAAAAUUUGAACGUGGCAGUUGACGAAUUCGACGUGUUAGUUACCGUAGGCACGAUACCGUGUAAUAUUACUUCUUUGGCGAGCACUCAGCUGGUGUGUACACCUCCUCAAACGCAGCCUCCUCCAACCGACGAUUACGAUAAAUCGACACCUUUCGGAUUACCUAUGGUGGUGGUUCGAGUAGGUAGAAGCUUACGAUUCCAACUGGGAUACAUCCAGUACGAUAUGGUAGCCAGUUAUACAUUCCCUUCAGAAGCUUUGGCCGGUAUAGUGGCCGGAAUCAUUGCUGUACUUAUCGUGUUCGUGAUAGUUUUAACAUUUUUUCGUCGCAAAUCUACUCAAGCUGAACGAGAAUACAAACGGAUACAAAUACAAAUGGAUACGUUGGAGAGUAACGUAAGACUGGAAUGCAAACAAGCAUUCGCCGAACUACAAACGGAUAUGACUGAUUUGACCGCCGAUCUGGAGUCAUCUGGAAUACCUACCUUGGACCAUAACGAAUAUAUUUUGAAGGUAUUCUUUCCUGGUGUUCGAGAUCAUCCCAUUUUAACUGAUCCAAAGAUGCGGAUGAAUUGUCCACCGACCAAUUACGAUGCAGCUAUGAUGCAAUUCGAGCAGCUGAUUAAUAAUAAAUAUUUCAUUGUGACCUUUAUUGAGACCCUAGAGUCGCAGAAAUCCUUCGAUAUCAGAGACAGAGUAAACGUGGCUUCUCUGCUCAUGAUCGUCCUAAUGGGUCGAAUGGAAUACGCGACCGAUGUACUUCGCUGUCUGCUGCUACGACUGAUCGACAAAACUGUCGCUUCCAAGCACCCACAGCUCAUGUUACGACGUACCGAAUCGGUCGUCGAAAAAAUGUUAACCAAUUGGCUGGCGUUAUGUAUGUACAAAUAUCUUAAGGAUUACGCUGGCUCAUCGUUGUUUCUAUUGUACAAAGCUAUCAAACACCAAGUGGAAAAAGGCCCUGUCGAUGCGGUUACCCAUGAAGCAAGGUACUCUUUAUCGGAGGAGAGACUGUUGCGAGAACAAAUCGAGCAUAACGUUGUGACUUUGCACGUUUUACAAGACGACGUCGACGAAAAAAUCCAAUGUAAAGUGUUGGACUGUGAUACAAUUAGCCAAGUUAAAUCUAAAAUACUCGAUGCUGUUUAUAAGAAUACUCCGUUUUCGAUGAGACCGUCCAUUCACGAAGUUGAUCUAGAAUGGCGUCAUGGUCGUGGUGGCCAUCUUACUAUACGCGACGAAGAUGUCACCAGUAAAAAUCUAUGCGGAUGGAGGAAAUUGAACACGUUGUCUCAUUACGGUAUACGUGAAUCGGCUGUGAUGUCACUAAUUGCCAGAUCUCAAGAGAAUAUAACGUCUAAUUGUAAGCAGCCUUGUGAUAAUUUUUUCUACGCAGGUACCAGCGUCUACUUUAGUAAUUCUUUAUCGCCGAUCAUCACAACCAGUAAUGGCGGCAUCGAGAACGCCAACGUUCACUAUUACCAUCUGGUCAAACCACUAGACGAACAGCAAUACUUUAGCACCAAGAUAUCGGAUAGGAUGCAUAAGGCGAUACCAGAAAUCUACCUUACGAGGUUGCUCUCUACCAAAGGCACCAUACAGAAAUUCGUCGACGAUUUCUUUAGCACCAUAUUGACCGCUAACGAAGCCCUACCUCCGGCUGUUAAAUGGUUAUUCGAUUUAUUCGACGAAGCUUUCAGAAGGCAUAAUAUCAUGGAUCCGGAGGUUCUGCAUGCGUGGAAAUCCAACAGUUUACCAUUGAGAUUUUGGGUGAAUUUCAUCAAGAACCCUGAUUUCAUAUUUGAUAUUAAUAAAACACCAACGGUCGACUCGUGCCUCUCUGUUAUCGCUCAGACGUUCAUGGAUUCUUGUUCGAUGAACGAUCAUCGUCUUGGCAAGGAUUCGCCUUCAAAUAAAUUGCUCUUCGCCAAAGAUAUUCCACAAUAUAGAGAUACGGUGGCAAGGUUCUAUCGUGAUAUUCAACUUAUGCCACAAGUUUCCGAUCAAGAGCUGAGUUCAGCAAUGCAGCAACUAUCCGUAUCGCAGAUUGGGCAUUUCCACACGAUAUCCGCCUUAAAGGAGCUUUAUAUUUAUGUUUCCAAAUAUAACGACGAGAUAUUCGAGUCGCUAGAUUUGGAUCCGUACUGCAAAGGGACCCAGCUAAGCCACAAGUUGGAAAACGUUGCUUGUACGCUGGAAGGCGAAGAAACAUCGGCUUGCUGACCGGAGAUUUUUUUCACAUACCUUUAAUACUUAAUGAUUUUCAGCUAAUUGUUAAGGCCUCUUAUAUAUUUAAUAUUUUUUCUUAAAUGCUGUGAUAUUUAAAACAAAUGUGUAAAAAAAAAAUUUUUUAAUGAAAAAAUACGCUAUACAGUAAAAGUUCCUCCGUGUCAGGGUCAUUCACGUGGUAAUAAAAUUCAAAUGUCUGCCUUUUAGGUGCGUGUAAAUGCAUGCAAAAUUUUUUCAUUUUUGUAUUACCUAUUAUUCAUCGUUAUAAAACAUAAUUUUCAAGCCAAUACAAAUUUUUCAACCAUACAUGAAUUUUUUUCCUAGUUGUUCGAUAUGCUCCACGAUGUGUAAAAUUUUUUGCAACUCUCGGUAUAAAUCCAGCCUAAUUUUUUUUUACCCAUUCACAAAUUUUUUUACAAAUUUAUGUAUAAGGCAUGAUCUCGUCUGUUCGGAGGAGUUUUUCUGGCUACGUGUUUUUUUGUUUCAUUUUGGAUACCAUUAUCGCUAAAAAUUUGCGUAUUAGGUUAAGAUGAAAAAAUGUUUUGUGUAAUUUUAGAACGUGUAGCUUAAAAUUGUGUACCUAUUUGUGUAUAUUUUAGAUAAUUUACGUGGUCGUGAUUUUUAUAGAACAUAAAUGAUAAAUUCAGCUUCCGUGUUAAGUCGUUAAUUUAUAGAUAUUUUUUCAUGUGGUCAAUUAAACGAAUUUACUUAUGUACAUGAGGGAAGGAUGUAGAUUCACUCCCUUUCUCCACACAUUCAUUUGCUAUUACACAUUUAACUGUAAGAUAUCUAGUGCCAUCAAUAGUAUAAUUAGGUUCGACAUAUAUUUCAUUCGAAAAUCUACAGAGAAAAUUUCUGGCAUCAAGUACUCGAAGCAAAUAACAUCUGUGAUCGUUUACGUUGUAUUUAACUCGUUUAAUUAAUUAUGUUCCUCGCGUAUGAUUUAAUUUAAUUCGUUAAAAGACAAAUUUUUUAUGUGAUAAGGAGACCGUUUACUGUUACUACAUCACGCAAUAUAUCUUUCUUUCUCAAUAAAAAGAGAAAAAUGCCCAACAUCCGAGCCCUCAGAUUCCGAAAUUUUUUUAAUAAACCAUCAAUUUAUAAGUACAUCAAAAUCAAAAAAAAAAAAGUAAGAUGUUAAUCGAAAAUGUACAUACUUAUUUACACGUCAUUUGAAUUGUAUAAAUUUCGUAAGAUUUGUAAAAAUGUUAUACCCGCGUGUAGGUAUGAUAUUUUUCAUAGAUUCGUUUUUUAAAAUAUGUUUCCCUUUGUUUUGUAUUUUUUUAUUUCGUUUGUUUUUUUAAUUGUUUAAAUGGCGAUAAAAAUUUUCGCAUUUUGUUUUUUUUUUGGGGCGAUUUUUAAAUUAAAACUUUUAGUCAACAGAAAUAUUUAUGGGUUUUGGAAUCUCAAUAAGUACUACGUGAUGUAUUUUGAUUUUUUUUUAAAUUUGUGUUUUCUUUUUUAAUUUGCAUUUAUUUUGAAACAAUUAUUACGAUUGUACAUGAUACGUAAUAUAGUGUAUAGUGUAGAAAUUAUGAACAGAUGGUGGAAUACUGACUUUUGUAAGUUUCUCUUCCAUAUCUAUUGAAAUAAAGAUAUUUAAAUUGA